AUGGCAAAAAAACCCGAUUCCCGAAUAUUUCGGGUCGGGUCGGUCUCUCUUAUCGGGUUUCGGGUCUUUAUUGGGUAUUUUAUCCGGGUUCGGGGCAGGGAGUGGUAUCCUCCUUACACUUACACUUCUCUUCGUUCAAUCAUUCUUCUACUCCAGCCGACACACCCACAAAAAUCGAUACACCACAGCGAAGAGCGAAGAGCGACUCAGCGCAGCGAUACACCAAAGGGGAGCAGCGAAGCAACGAAGCAGCGACUCAGCGACUCAGCAGCGAAGCAGCGACUCAGCAACACGCACGUCGCACAAGAGGUAAUUUCGACUCAGCAGCGACUCUUCCGACUUCGAUCGACGCCACGCACAAGAGGAAAUAUGAAUUCAACCGAUCAAAAUCAUGCUCCAACUGCAAGUAGUCAAGAUGUGGGAGGUUCGGGUUCUAAUCAACAAAAUACCGAUUCUGUGGAUCAACAAGAUGGGACAAAUAUUAAUGAUACAGUUUUUGAUGAAGAUGGAGAUGAAGUUGUUGGUUCGAAAAGGGCAACGCGUUCACCGGCAUGGCAACAUUUUAUAAAAUUUAAUUUGAAUGGUGAAGUUAAAGCAAGAUGUAAAUAUUGCUCUAAAGUGUUGGGUGCAGAUAGCAAGAAUGGCACAAAACAUUUACUUGCACAUCAUAAGCGUUGUAUACACAAACCUUUUACAGAUAUCCGUCAAUCUAUCUUGGUGCAAGAAAAAAAGAAAGUAGAUGGUACUACAACGCAUGUUUCAAAUUAUACAUUUAAUGCUGAUACUUCUAGGAAGGAUUUGGCUGAAAUGAUUAUUUUGCAUGAGUAUCCGCUUUCAAUUGUAGAACAUCAUGGAUUUAGGAAGUUUGUGGGAGGUCUUCAACCUUUGUUUAAGGUUCCUUGUCGAAACACCAUCAAGGAGGACAUCAAAAGAAUUUAUGAUUAUGAAAGGGAUAAAACUAUGAGUUUGUUAGCAAAGAACAAAAGCAGAAUUGCAGUUACUACUGAUAUGUGGACAUCUAAUCAUCAAAAAAAAGGGUUUAUGGCAAUCACAACACAUUUUGUAGAUCAAAACUGGAACUUGCAAAGCAGAAUUAUGAGGUUUAUUUACGUGCCUUGUCCACAUACAUCUGAUGUUCUUGCCGACAUACUUUAUGCUACUUUGUGUGAUUGGAAUCUUGAUAGGAAAGUGUCAACUCUUACUGUGGAUAAUUGCACCACAAAUGAUGCAAUUAUUAGGAUGUUAUUAGAGAAACUUCCUCUAAAAUCACUAAUGAUGAAUGGUGAUUUGUUUCAUAUGCGUUGCUGCACACAUAUUCUCAAUCUUAUUGUCCAAGAUGGCUUAUCUCUCAUUAAAUUUGAGAUUGAGAGAAUCAGAGAGAGUGUUGCAUUUUGGUCUGCAUCACCAAAGAGGGAGCAAAAUUUUGUGACAGCAGCAGAGCAGUUGGGAAUACCAUACUCAAAGAAGUUGAUACUUGACUGCAAGACACGAUGGAACUCUACAUUCUUGAUGUUGAGUGUUGCUAUAAGCUACAAAGAGGUUUUCGAUCGCGUGAAGACAAGAGACCCCAAGUAUAUAUGUUUUCCUACAGACCAGGAUUGGGAGUUGGCUAGUGAGAUUUGUGAAAGAUUACAGCUUUUUUAUGAGGUGACUGAUAUGUUCUCUGGUUCAAAGUAUCCUACAGCUAAUGUUUUUUUUCCUUUGAUAUGUGAGAUUGGAUAUUCUUUGCGUGAGUGGACGAAAUCUCCUAUUGAGGAGAUUAAGGUGAUGGCUAACCAAAUGCUUUCUAAGUUCAAUAAGUAUUGGUCUGUAAUUCAUGGGAUAAUGGGAAUGGCAGCAGUUUUAGAUCCACGAUACAAGUUAAAGUUUGUGGAGUUACUUUUGCCUGUGCUUUAUGGAGAAGAAAAGGCAAAGAUUGAAUUUCAAAUUUUGGAGGGGUUUGUCACAACUUUGUUUCAAGAGUACGAGUCAAGUAAUGCAUCUAAAAAAAGGAAGAGUGAAGUUCCUGGUUCAUCUUCAUUUGGUUCUAGUAUCUCUUCUGGUCAUCGUGUUGGAUUCAAAAAGCUCUUAUCGGAUAUUGCUUCUAUUACUAGAGAUGAUGAUGAAUCAGGAGGUAUGAGUGAGUUGGAUAACUACUUGAAGGAGAAAUUGUUGCCUAAAGACAUGGAACUUGAUUUGUUGGCAUGGUGGAAAACAAAUGGGAUUAAGUACCCGACACUACAAAGGAUAGCUAAAGAUAUAUUAGCUGUUCCUGUUUCCACUGUUGCCUCGGAAUCAGCUUUCAGCACAAGUGGAAGAUUAGUAAGUCCUCAUCGUAGUCGACUUCAUCCAAAGACAUUGGAGGCUUUAAUGUGUGCUCAAAGUUGGUUGUUGAAUGAAAUUCGAGCAACUUGUUCUGAAGAGACGGAGGCAUAUUGUCGUUCUGUUGAAUUUGAUUAUGAUGUGGAAGAGGAAAACACUAAAGAAAGCGGGACAACAAGUUUGGAUGAUUUUGUUUGAUUUUGAGUUUGUAACUUUGUUUUAAUGUUAAGUUGUAAUGUAUUAUUGUGAUGAAUUAGUUUUUAAUGUUGUGUACUUGGGUGUUUUGGUUGAUUGGUUGAUGUUACAAUAUUAGACUAUUAGUAAUUUCUAUUUGGUUAAAU